CAUAGUCAGUAGCCUACUCAGUGCUAUGCCAAAUGCCAACUACUCGUACUAAAAAAGGAGGGUAAGACAAAAGGAGAUAGACCUAGACUAGGUACUGAAUGCCAUUACCGGUGAUUACCUCUAAGUCUAAUUCUAAUCGGACGGGAAUCCAUUAGGCAGGCCUAUCUAUCGGACUAUAUAUUUUAUUUAAUUUUAUUAGACUUAGACUUAGAACUUCUAGAGAUUUUAUUGUGAACUCUCUGCCUUUAUCAAAUUUAUAAUCAUUAAAAUAUUAUUAAUUAAAAUAAUAUUAAACUUCAAACUAACCAUUUGAUUUUGAAGUAAUUAUUGAGUAAUUUUUAUUGUUUAUAAUUUAUAUAUAAGUUAUAAGCUACCUAUAAUUUAUAUAUAAAUAUAAGUAGAUAUUCUCCUUUCCUGAUCUAAAUAAAUGGAAAUGUCUUUUUAAAAAUUGGUAAAUAUAUGCUAUCUGGCCAUGAGAUUUCUGAUGGCUGCCACCUUGGCAACCAUGUAAAAAAAACACAUGUCUGCUAAAAUGAGGAGGGGAAAGAGAGAGAAUGUGCUUGUUUAACUUUUUACAGAGAGAAACAAAAAUGGGACCAAAAUGUUAAAAUUUAAUGAAAAAAUUUCUGCCAUUUCAUAAAUUUCGUGGUGAACAUACAUAGCUACAUACUUUAUUGUAUCCAUCCUGAUAUUUGGCAAGACGUGUUAACGACCUGCGGGUCGCCCCCUUCCCUGAUGUAAUUUUAGCAGGCUCAUGCUCGUUGCCCUCAACUAAAACACAUGUUUGCCUACAGUUAACAAUAAUACAAAAUAAUUGUAAAAUAAUGAAAACCCAUCUUACAGUUUCAUAGAAUGUACUUUUACACACUUUAUGUCAAGUUCCACCAAAAAGAAAAUCAAAAAAUUGUCAGAAAAUCAAUACAUUACAAUAUUUAAACCCAUUUUAAUUUUAAAAAUUUAAUGAUUUUGUUCAUAAGGCAAACAACCUAGCUACGCCACUGAUUGCGACCAUAAAGGAGGAACUACGCAGUGCCAAGAAAGAGCGCCGUAGUGCAGAAAAGAAGUGGUUGAGGUCAGGUCUAGUGGUUUUUAAGCAGAUAUUUUACGCUGCCAAGAAGCGUGUCAAUCAGAUUGUUUGUCGUGCCAAGACUACGUAUUUUAGCCAAAAGAUAACUCUGGGUAAAACCAGCAGGCAGUUGUUUGAUGUUUGUGGUCACCUUAGGGGAAGUAACAAAGGAACUGCGCUUCCUUCGGUGUUUCCCCUGCCGAAGCAACCAGAUAUUUUCUGUGAUUUCUUUACAAGCAAAGUAGCUGGCAUUCGCGCUGAGCUUGAUCGUCUUGAUGCCUAACCCCUUGAAUUGCCUCCUUACCCUUGUCUUACUUCACAUUUCAAUAUUUUUAAACCUGUUUCAGAACUUGAGGUAAAAAGUAUAAUCCUAAAAUCUAAACAUACAUCAUGUUCUUUGGAUCCCAUCCCAACCCCCCUGUUUGUUGAGUCAUUAGAUAUCUUGCUCCUAACAAUAACCCGCAUAAUAAAUGAAAGCUUAUAUUCUGGCACUGUUCCGCCUCUUUGCAAAUCAGCUGUCAUCAAACCAUUGCUUAAGAAGCCCGGUCUGGAUGAAAAUAAUUUAAAAAACUAUAGACCUGUAUCUAACUUAUCAUUUUUAUCUAAAGUUAUUGAAAAACUAGUCCUAAAACAACUUUUUGCUUACUUAAAUGACCACUCUCUUCUCAGUUCUAAUCAGUCGGCCUAUAGACAUUUCCAUAGCACGGAGACAGCUCUCUUGAGAGUCAGUAAUGACCUCUUGCGCGCAAUGGACAGCGGUAAUGUCUCCAUUUUGAUCCUCUUAGACCUCAGUGCGGCCUUUGACACUGUUGACCAUGAAAUCCUCUUCAAAACCCUUGAAAACUACUUUGGAAUUUCUGGUUCGGUUUUGGCUUGGUUUAGGUCCUACCUCUCUGAUAGAACGCAAAUGGUCUCUGUCGAUGGCUGUCUCUCCGGCAGUGCUGAUUUGGUGUACGGAGUGCCACAGGGGUCCGUUUUGGGUCCGGUUCUAUUCAUAAUGUAUACCAGACCACUACUCCUCUUGCUCGGGAGGCAUGCUGUUGAGAACCAGUCAUUUGCAGAUGAUACACAGCUAUACAUGCAUACCCAUCCAUCUCUUGUCGAUUCCGCUGUCCAGACUUUGCGGGGGUGCAUUGAUGAUGUCAAGUCUUGGAUGACACUCAGCAAGUUGAAGCUUAAUGAUGACAAAACAGAAGCACUCCUCAUUUACAAUCACAAAUCAUCCUCUACCUCAACUCUUCCCACCUCAUUUCAAGUAGGUAACUCCGACAUACAGUUUACACCCUCUGCUAGGAAUCUUGGUUAUAUUCUUUCUAACAACAUGUCUCUCGAUAAACAUAUCUCUCACAUUUGUCGUUCGGCAUACACCGCCAUCCGUCAGAUCAGCUCCAUCCGCCACUACCUGACAGUUAGCGCAACAAAAACUCUAGUCUGUGCUCUUGUUCUCUCUCGUCUUGACUAUUGCAACUCACUUCUGUCAGGUUCACCGAAACAUUUUAUAGAAAAACUGCAGAAAGUUCAAAACUCUGCUGCUAGGCUUGUUCUUAAGGCAAAAAAACGCGAUCACGUCACUCCACUACUCCACUCACUACAUUGGCUCCCUAUACAGGCACGCAUUGACUACAAGCUGUCUCUUCUCUGUCACAACUUUUUCUCGGAUUCCUGCCCUUCCUAUCUAACUGAACUUCUUUCUGUCUAUUCACCCCUUCGACAACUUCGCUCCUCCGCAGACUCGCGUAUUCUGUCCGUUCCCAAGACACGCACUAAAUUAUAUGGUGAACGAUCUUUCUCUUUCUGCGCCCCCAAACAAUGGAAUUCUUUGCCACUACACAUCCGCAAUAUAACAACCACACAGGCCUUCAAAACUGCACUCAAAACACAUCUAUUUAAACUAUACUACUCUGACUGAUUCUCCUCCUAUAAACCGAUAAACGUACAUGGGUUUCCUUGUAAAAAUGUCUGGUGUGGGUGGAUGAAUAUACCUAUGGUGUUGUUUUGCUUAUAUGUUGUUUUUAUUUCAUUUAUGUAUUUUAUUUUAAUAUUAUGAUUAUGCCUCUUUGCUAUAUUUAUGUACAGCGCGGUGAGCCCAGCCCUAGGCUGGGGUACCGCGCUAUAUAAGACCACUUAUUAUUAUUAUUAUUAUUAUUGUAUUUGCUGCCAUUGCUAGUUGUUGCUGCUUUUAAAAAACAAAAAAAGUUUUAAUGCAUUCUGAUUAGCAGCAGUAAAUGUUUUUCUGGUGAAUUUUGUUUGCGCAAUACUUGUAAUGAAAGAAAUAAAACUAUGAUAACUAAAUUAUUUAAUUAUUUGUAAUUUUAUUACAAUAUAAUUUAUACGGUUGGGGGAUGUUCAAACGGAGUGGGCCUGCAGCACUGCAAAAGGUUAAGAAUCCCUGCCCUAGAGCAUUCACUAGGAUACACCCCCCUCCCUUUCCGGUCAACCAUUUUUUUCCGUUCCAUCUCACUUCACUUGGUAGUCCCGUGUCCACAUUUAGCCAUAAAUUCUCACAACUGUCAUUGUAACUACAACAUGUCAUGUAACUUAAUCAGAGGCCCUUUUUAGACCUCGCAUACCUGUAGUGAUUCUCUAGGUGAUCGUAGUUUAAAAAUAAAAUAAUUAUAAUUGUAUAAAAGAAUAAUGUUAAAAAUGUCUGUAAUUUAGGGUUAUUAAGUGCAAUUUCUUAGCUCAAUAUUCAGCUUUUCGUGUAUCUUCACAUUGCUUAAGCCCCCUCCCCCUUGUCACUCACACAUCGUCCCAAAAAUUUGAACACACCCCCCUCCUCCUGUCCCCCGAACGUCAUUUUUGGAUGGUCCCUUAAGUGUGUAGGUUAAUUUAAGUGUCCAGUGAAACCAGCCCUAAACUAAAGUUGAAUUCUUGUACAAUUCACAGUAUAGGUUAUGUAAAAUGUAAUUUAUUGUUUUUAAAGAAAAAAAAAAUGUGCUUAUUUUAGUAUUUAUUUUAAUAUUUAUAAAAUAUGGUACAAUCCACUUAUUUGAAUCCCAUUGAAUGACUUUAAAUAACUAAAUGAUAAUAACGCUGUUCAAGUAAACAGUUUUAUCAGCUAUUUUCAUUUAAAUCUUAAAAUACUUUAUAUGGGCUAAUGAAAUAUUUUCUUCAGUCACACCAAUUAUAAACUUUAAAUAUUCUAUCUAAAAGUAAUUUAAAAACUUGCCUUCUUGGCAUAUAUCAUGUACUAAUUAUUAAUUUUGUCUUUAUUUCAGUAGAAUGUCACAGUGACAUGUGUGCAUUCAUAGAAUUAGAUAAAAUGAAACUUAAGACUAAGUUAAAGACCAUGGAAAAAGACAUGACUAUACACCACUAAAAGAUUAAACAACUUACUUUGAACAUCCCAAAUAUUUGAAAUAAAUAUGUUAUUGAAGGAGUAUCGGAUCUGCAUGCCACUAUCGGUAGAUGAGGUAAUCCAUUUCAUAUAAGUCUAUAUGGGCAUUAAAUUAUGCCAAAAUAAAUAUUGAAAUGGUUUAUAUUUCAUGGUUGUAUUCAGCAAUCAGACAUUUUUUAUAAAACUUAAAACCCAUAAGAGAUUUUUAUAAAUCCUUAUGUUAUUUAACUAUUGUCUCAUAAGUAAAACAACCUUUACAAUUAGGAGACAUCUAAUGCAAACUAUCCUGGGCUGGCAAAAGUGUAUGUCAUACUGUUUAUUGCUUUUAAUGAUUUAUCCAUUUAUAUUUCUUAUUUCAGUACCGCAUAGGUCAGUUGUACAUGAUUGCAAAGCAUAGCCAUGAACAAUCAGAAAAGGGAGAAGGGGUGGAAGUAAUCAAGAAUGAGGAAUGUAGUGAUCCUGUUCAUGGUGUCGGGAGAUACACAGAGAAAAGAAUACACCUUUCAAAGUGAGUCAUGUUUAAAAACUAUGCUUAUGUUAUUGGAUUUUUCUAUCUUAUAAAAUCAAAAGUAAUUGCUUAUUUCUAUCCUCUCCACCCAAUUUCUAAUAAUGCUUUUUGACAUUUUGUCCAAAUUAUCCCAAGAGUGGGUUUAGAGAGGAAACAAAUGACAGUACCAAAAAUGAACUCCAGUUCAAGCAACAGUACAGAAGCUACAAAUUCUGAUGCACCAUUACUAGAAUAAUGACUCGCCAUUAUGGGCCAAGUGUGAAAAAUGCCAUGAGCCUCAAGGGGUCCUGUUGAGUUACAUUUCAUUUAUUAGCUUCAAUCCUGAAUGUCUGUUUUCCAUUUUUCCUUUCAGUCGCUUGCCAUCGUGGAUUCAAUCGGUGAUUCCAAAAAUAUUUUAUAUUACAGAAAAAGCCUGGAACUACUUUCCCUACACAAUUACAGGUUUGCUUUAAAAAUACCAUAACGAUAGAAUAUUAUUACUGCUGCCAACUGCAAAUUAAUCCUGUGUAGUUUCAAUAAAAUCAUCAUUUUCUUUGUGGUGGAAAUGAAUUGUGGCAUUGACAUAAAAUUUUAGUUUCUUAAUGGUAAAAAAGAUCUACUUCUUAAUUUUUGCUGGCAUCCGUCCGUCACUAUGUGACGAUGGAGUGGGUUACCGCUGGGUAACCCAAGGGAACAUCAUGGGAUGAUACAGCUUGGCACUAGUGACGUCGCAGGAGUUGUCGGAAUGUUUCAUUGUAUCAAUGUUAUCCGCCUUUCGGGACUCCAUCUCCGGGUUUGAUUUCAGAGUUUCCUUCUCUUAGAUGAGUUGCCGUCCAAGGUUAACGAGUCUCAUCUACCCGGGGUGCUGGUGGUGUUUUUGCUCUAGCUGGAAUUGAACUCCAGACCACCAACUUGAGAUUUGCUCAGUUUAGACCACUCGGCCACCCAGCACCCUUACUACUUAAUAUGUACUAAGAAUAGCAUAGGCUUUUUUUUUUCAUUUUUAUUGUUAUUCAUGAAUAUAUAAUAAAAUACAUAUAAUAAUUUGUUAUGUUUUUACCUCCCAUUUUCUGUGCUGUAUCUUCAACAUCAACACACAAAAAAACAUCAGAAUAUACAGUAAGUACCAUAUCAGUUUAUUUAUUAACAUAACCAAAUAUUUUUGAUAGCAUUGACUCAUGUAUUCGGCUGUCCCCAAAGGACUUUCCUGCUCAAUUCACUCUUAUUUUACACCAUUCUUUUCAGUGCUCAUUUUUACCCCGGUACAGCAUUUAUAUAGAGACAAGAUAUGAAGACAAUGCAGGUACAUCUGAAAAUGUAAGUUCUAAUUUGAACAUUAUUUAUAGACAUUAUUUAACCAUAAUUUAUAUUACUUUAGCUUUGUAAAUUUAAAUAAAAGUAUUACUUUGCUUUGAUUUUUCAUUUACCCAUACUCUAUCAAAGGUGUCUUUUCAGGGGGUUAUAAGAGCAACUUCCGUUAAAGUAUAAUUUAAGAGAUCUAAAUUACGGUAGUUUGAGAUAGUGUAUUUUAACCAGUGUGUCAUGAUACACUGUACUAUUAAAUACAAUUAUGUUUCAAAAGUUUCAUAAUAGGUGUGCCUCAAGACUCUAGUAGUGUCAUGGCAUAAGAAUCUUUGUAAAAUUUGAUUCUCAUUUUUACCAACAAAGUAUGCUGUUAUUUGAAAUAUAAUAUGUUAUUAUCUGUGUAAUUUAGUCAAAUAAUUUGUAUAACUUGUUAGAUGUGUAACAGCUGGUACUUUAUUUGAGCCUAAUAUGUCAAAAUUCUUAGUGGUUGUCAGAUUUCUUUUUUAAAGUUUGAAAACUGCUGUUUGAAUGGAAAAUACAUAAUCUGAUUAUCUAUUUAUGUUUUGAAUGUUUUAUAUUUUCCUUUAUUCAUGAAAAUAAUCAAAACUAUUUUUAUCUCAUUUAUUUAGUGCUUAAAUCUUUCAAAUGAAGAACUGCAAAAGAGGGAAAUUGAUUUUGUAGACAUUGCUAUUGAUCCUUUACCUCCUAAGCACUACAAAGAAAAUGAGGUAAGUGAGAAGACUUAUACUCACACUUAUUUACCUACCAAGGAUUAGGUACAAAGUGCUACAGUUUUCCCAUAUGCAAUUAUUUAUACUGUUUCUAUACUUGUGAAACUUGUUUUAGAUCAUCACAAGUUUUUCUUGCCUUGUUUUUAAAGGCCUGGUGUGACUUCUGGAGGAUGUGUCUUUCAAAGUGCAUUCUGCAGACACUCGUGAUUUCUUGAUUGUCAAGAGUUUCCUCUCUUUGUUAAUUUAAAAAUCAUACCAUUUCCCCAGUCACAUGUAACAGCAGGGGUUGAAUGGUUCAUAAAAAAAUAAAAAUAAUAUCAUUAUCUUUGUUUUCUGAUCGAUUAGGAUUUGACAAAAUUCAAGUCUCUAAAAACCAACAGAGGUCCCUUGAUUAAAAAUUGGCAGGUAUGUUAACAUUACUGAGAUCCUGUGUGUCUUUGUUAAUUUCCAGUUUGAAUUUUUCUUCUUCUUUUUUUUCCUUCUAAUUUUGAUGGUGGAAGUGGAAACAAUGAAAUAGACAUAUUUUUUUUAAAUCUUCAAAGCCAUGUAGUUAAAAUAAAACAUGAUAACAGUAAUUAGUAUUUUCCUGUUACUCUUAGGCUGAGUCCUCCCCCGUUAUGUGCUCAUACAAGUGUGUCAAGGUAAAAUUUGAAGUGUUUGGGAUGCAAGGCAGGGUUGAGGCAUUCACCCAGAAGGUGAAUCCUUGAGUUUUUUUUGUUGUUUUUUUUUUUACUAUGCUAAACUUUCUUAAUUUUAAAAUCAUAGCAACAGAAAAUACUAAAAUCACAAGAUAUGACAAAACUAAUUCUUAACAUCCUAUUUACUACAAAUAAUUAAAGCGCAGAAAGCAGUUAAAUAAUGCCUUAGACAAAAAUAUUAAGCAAAAGGAUUUUUCUCAAAAAGUGGCAGAAUCCACUUUUGAAGUGACAAAUUUUGUUAUAUAUUUUCUGUUCCCUGUAUUAAAAAAAAAGCUAAAAAAAAUAUCAUUUUUAAACUAUUCCCGCAGACUGUGCGAGACAUCUUACUGUUGGGACAUCGACAGGCAUUCGCUUGGAUUGACGAGUGGAUAAGUAAGUAAUUUAAGUGGGUUAAUUUAAGGGAAACCAGUCCAAAACUAAAGUUUAAUUCUAGUACAAUUCACAAUCUAGGUUUGGUAAAAUCUAAUUUAUUGUCUUCUUUUUUUUUUAAAUUGGUGCUUAUUUUAAUAUAAUCUCACAUCAUCCUUGAUAUUAAGUUAUCAUAUAAAAUGCAGAAUGAUUACCCUUUUUCUAAAUUUGUAAAAAAAUUAUUUUUCUUCAAUAAGCAUUCAGUAUUUAUGUUUUUUGAUUUGAAUCUAAACUAUUUUUUUUUUUUCUUGUGUGGAUAAAGUACAUUAGUUAGGUCAAAUAAUUUCUAUUGACACCAAAGAUAGAGUAGAAAGGUCAAUUUAAUGACUGCACAUCUUCAACUUGUCUGUUACUAUGAAAACGUUACCCUUGUCUUUCCCCAGAUAUGAGCAUGGAUGAUCUCAGAAAGUACGAGUCCUCAACAAACGAAGCCACUAAUAAAAAAGUUUUGGAAUCAUAGCAACAUAGAAUCGUGUGAUAUUUCAUGUAUUGCAUUCACUGUGGGUGUUUCACUUUAGUUUGUUCCUUGUAUUUUUUCUUUUUUUUUCUCUAUAUUUGGUGCUUUGAUGAUGAUGUUUGGAUUUUGUUUAUUAUUGUUCUUGUUUUUUGAUUGAUGGUUUGAUAAUAUUUAAAAAACAUUUGAAGACUUUGUUAAUAUUUAAGUUCUUUUGGGAUUUUUCAAAUUGCUGAUUUGGUGUACUACUUUUCUUAUUUAUCUUGUAAUGAUCGUAUCAACGGAAUUUUCUAGAUAUCUUGUAAGAACACCUGUUGUGAUAAUUACUUCAUCUUUUUGGCUUUCAUUUUGAGAUGGUAAAAAAAAAAAGUUACAAUUUCUCAAAUGGUUCGUUUUCAUUUAAUGUGAAGGCACCUACGUCAAAACUGAUAGAUAUCAAGCUACUCUUCCUAACCAAGUUUUGAAGGUAAAAAAAAAAAAAAUGUCACCAACUGGUAAGGCGUGCUCAGUGUUUAAUCUUUUGUUAAAAUAUUUGUUAUGCACUUUUGACUGAUUAACAAUGAAAAAUAUGUUGACACUGGCAGUCCUCAUUUAACUUUUAGUUCAUCAUUCCCACAAUCUCUUUUUCUUUCAGACCCACCUCAUAGCCAACAGUAUUUUACAUUUUGGGUUGUGUGGGGGACUGUGAUUUUUCACAUUUCUGUUUUUAUACUUGUAACAGUGACUUGUCACAUAUAUGAGGUCAUGUUAGUAGAUGUGACCUGUCAUUUAGGUCAAGCUAUUGACUGACCUGUCACAUGUUAGUUCAUGUUGGCAACUAUGACCUGGCUUUUUGAACAAAGUUACACAAAUUAUCCUAUUAUAUUUCUAUUAAACCUGUGAAUUUUGCCAAUUUUUUCUAGCAAUGCUUGUAUAUAUAUAUAUUCACUGUUCAUUCCAUAGCAAAUUUCUUUAUCUAUGUUGUAGCACUAACAUUGUGUGUGAUUAUGGCAAGCAGCCACGAUCUCAAAGUAUUUAAAUUUGAACUUUGACUUUCAGGAUUGGAAUAACAUACUGGCAGAUGUGAUGCUGGGGUCAUGUUGGAUUGGAAUAAAUUGUCCUGAUGCUGACAUUUUAGAUUUAGGUUGCACCAUGGCAAGUCUAAAAAUUGUGUCAGUACUAGAUGGGCUGGCGAUGUUAGUUGGCUUAAGUUGGGGAGGGUCUUCCCAGCAUGUAAUAUUCAAGGUCAAAAUUAAGGUUUUAUUUCUUGAAAUAAAAUGUGACCGAACUGUCUAAUAUAUUUUAUAGCCUUAUAAAAGACAUAUCAUAUGCUGUAAUAUUAAGAUGCCCAGUUGCAUGCUAUACAUAGUUAAAUGAGCAAUGAAGAGGUAUCCUAAACUCUAAGAGAGAAUAUUCUAUAAGUUUGUUAAAUAAUUAUAAUGUGGCUGUGUUGUACAAAAACAUAGUGUAUGGAUCUUUUCUUUGGCCAGGCAGAGAGCAGAAAAUGGCAGCAAAAUACAUCAAUCAAUGUAAGAAGUGUUAGAUUUAAUGUAAUUUUUAUUUAUGAAAUGUAUAUUAUUUUCUUUUUUUAAAAUCAGUUUUGAGAUAACCAAAUAUUUUAUGAUAUACAUUUGAGCUUUUGUUGAUACCGUAUUUUAAAGUAGGUACAGGUAUCUAUAUUAAGAAAUGCAUUUGGUUAAUAUAUUUUUAUGAGCUCUCUGAUCUAAAUAACAGAGAUAUAUGAAGAAUUACUCUGAGAUAUUUUAAAAAAUAAUUAUUUAUUGUUUAAAGCAGCGAGUGAAAGAGGUUAGCCAAUUAAAAUUCAACCUCAUUCACUGAGCACUCUUGUUGAAAGGGUACUCAUAUUAUCUAGGGUAUUUAGUUUUUUUAUUCAUUAUUGCAAGACUAUGGGAAUUUCUAGCAAUGGUAUAUGAUGGUACAUUUUUAGUUUGUGUCUAUCUGGCUGCAAGUAACAUUUCAUGAUCAUUGAUUGAAGGAUAAAUAUUUCGGCCAGUGUCUCUUAACAUCCACUACCUUCCACUAAGGUACGUACAGUUUUUCUUGUGCUUUGUACGGCUUGUCCUAUACCAAUCUAACACUUUUCUUAUAACAAUCUAUACAUUUUCUUAUCUUAUUUUAAUAUUUGUAGUACAAUUUUUCUUCUUUAAUUGUUCUUUUACUUAUACAAAAGAAAUGGCUUAACAUUCUACGAGUACAGAAAAGAGAGUUCCUAUCUGUAACUGACUUCAUGUAUUUAUUGCCCCUCUGUCUCUUCUAGACAAUGUCAUGCUGACAUAUGUCAUGAAUUUAAUUGUUUGAUCUAUGACUUUUUGUUCUAUUCUCUACCAGCAAUCAUUCCACUAUUGGAUGAAUCAGUAUUUUGAAUAAAAUGGAGUGUUGUUAUAAUAAUGUUAUUGUCCUCAGAGAAAGUCAUCAGUAUUUUUCAGGUCUCCCCCAUGACCUCAGUGACCACAUACAUUAGUCAUUUGGCUAUAUAAUAUAUAUAUAUAUAUUAAAUACAUAAAUAUUGUAAUCAGCUGCAUAAUACAAAUAGUCUUGUCAGAUUUCAGCUCAGCUUGCACCUUGAGUCAUGUCAGACUUCAGCUAAGCUUGCACCUUGAGUCGUGUCAGGCUACAUUAUUUUGUUGGACAUUUGAAAUUCCUUCGAAAUCCUUCCAUGUUUUCAAAGUCAGAGUGUAUAGAUUUUCCCUCCAAAACAUUAACACUAUAUUUAUAGUUUACAUUAAUGUUGUAGGUUUGCAUAGAAAUAUUCAGCAGUGAAUUUACAGGUG